CCCUCAAAUUUGAGAAACAAAGUUGAAAUUAAGGCACGGUUUAGGGUUAACAGGAGUCGUGUUUUUGUGUGUUCGGAAAUAGUAGAUACCGGCGAAAUGAAAGAAGAUAGAAUCAGUGAGUUACCGGACUGCCUUCUCCAUCACAUCCUCUCUUUUACCGACGCAACUGAUGCCGUUAAAACCUGUAUUUUAUCCAAAAGAUGGAGGUACCUCUGGACUUCCCUUCCCUCUCUUACUUUCAAUUACAGAGAUUCUAGGGUUAACGUUAAUUUUAUCAAUCAACUUCUGAUCCGUCGAAAUUCUGUGCCCAUUCAUAGUUUUUACUACGCUUCAUCUUUUCAAGUUAACGCUAGCGAGGUUGAACGUUGGAUAUGUUAUGCGAUUAAUCAUCAGGUUCAACACCUUACAAUUGAAGUACAUUGUCCUAAAUUCCCCAUUCAGUUGUCUAAUUGUUUUUGUGGCUGCACAUCAUUAAUAACUCUCAAACUAGAUGGCUAUUAUUUCAGCUUGACAUUGCCUAAAACCUUGGAGUUUCCCUCUUUGAAGAAUUUACACCUUGUUAGGUUUAGAUUGGACGAUUUUGAUGCGAGUUUCUUUUCAAGUUGUCCCAAUCUCGAAACUCUGAAACUUGAAGACGUAUGGUUUGAAGUCAUUGGAAGUUUCAGUGUUUGUGCUCUCAAUCUGAGAACCUUUGAAUUUGAAUCUCUCGAGUCUGAUUUUGAUUGGAAUUAUGAAUUUGUUAUCGUCGCUCCAAAGCUAAGAAAAUUCAAGUUUGAUGGUUAUCCUCCUUUUUUCUGCUCUACCAAAAAUCUUUGCUCUCCUGACCAAAUUGAAAUUCAUCUGCCGAGCGACCUAGAACUGCUCUAUAGCACGGAUGAGCUAAAGCAGAGACUUGCUCUCGAAGUGCUCCAAAUGCUUAAGGCAUUUCAUACUGCGGAAUCCAUCACAUUAUUCGUGAAUGUCCUUCAGGUUCUAUCCUACAUUUCACCUCCACUGAACGAGCACCCUUUAGAGUCUUUAAAUCUCAAGUAUCUGCAGUUGUUGAAGGGCAAGUCAUCUUGGAAAGUCAAGAUACCCAGCUCUAUCUUCAAUUUCUUUCUUAAGAACUCUCCAUUGCUGGAAAUAUGUUAGUAACUGCUGCAUAGACUAUGAUGGUCCGAGUCAACACGAUCUUCACCGCUUUGAACCUGCAUUGCUUCCUCGUAUCUCUCCACCGUCUUUGAUAUGGGAUAUCCUUGCUGUUCGCCGGCAUGAUGCUAGCUUUUCAUGAGUUAUUUUUAUCUUCUUCCAGUUGCUUGAAAUAAAACAAGUAUCAAUAGAAGUGUAUAUAUUGUCUUUGAAAAAUAUUGGUUCUGGAAGAGAAUUGUAGUGGAUAAUGCUUCAGAUGAUAAUGUUGAUAAAAAUUAAAGUA